AUGUCAUCAACCACAAACAUCAACACUAUUCCUAUCGAAUUGUUGACCAAGAUCUGCUCCUUUGUCCGCGAUGAUUCUAAGAAUGGACAAGAGUCAAUUGCGCAAAGCCGCUUAGUAUCACAACGUUUCAGAGAUGCCGCCUCGAAGUUUCUAAUCACCGAGGUCUCAGUCCGUCUCAGCUCAGAGUCCUUUGCACGCUUCGAGUCCAUCUGCGCACAUCCCAUAUUCAGUAAAGGCGUUCAGAAAGUCCACAUAUUGUUAUCAUUCUACGAGGCCGAAUUGGCCAACGACAAACAGCGUUACAUGGAAGAAGCCAAUGCGAGGCUUUUACGACACUGGGAAACUAUGGAACGAGGAAGUUCGUACAAGAGACGUUACGGCAUUUCACGCGAGUUGUUUCGAUGGUUAGGACAGAUUGCUUGGGGCAGAAGCUCUGACGUCCAGCAAUUAAUUGGAGGAGAAGACCUCACAACCCCUCCGACACCAAUCCAAAGAUUGUUCCUCAAGACAUACGACAUUUACAAGGCCAGAUUCGAUGACCAAGAGAGCCUGCGAAAGGACAAUGCACAUAUCGAUCGCCUAGUACAUGCUGUGUCUUCUCUCCCAGAUCUUAAGUCACUGAAUAUGGACGACGUUCAUGGGCAAAAGAUGAUUAUAAGAGAAACAAAACUGACCAAGCUCGGAGCCCUUCACCUGACGGUAGAGGAUUUCGCCGACACUGGGUAUGAUCGAAAUAUAUUACAACAUUUUGACAGCGCAAUACGCCCGUCUGGUUGGUGCGGCUCUUUCAAAACAAAUGGUACACACUACCACGGCAUUUCGACAAUUCCCCCUUUAGAGAUGCUGGGGGAAUUAUGCUCUCAGCUUGGCAAUCAAGGAGUCAGGCCAAAGCACAUCAGGAUCUCGCUUAAGCCACCACCCGACAUGCGACUGUUGACAAUGUCGUCGGCACAGCAGGAAAACAUGAAGCGGUUGGUUUCCCGAGCUUCAGGCUUGACGUUCCGUUUCGACUUUUUCUCUCGUCCUCAUGACCUUCACGAGAAUCCUCGACAUGAAAUGAUGGCACUUUGCUCUAUCACAAAGCCAUUUUUUAGCGCGCCGGAGCUCGAGUUUCUGGAUAUCUACUUUGUGGAAUAUCCUAACCGCGCAAUGCCAACUGUGUCUUUGAGUGAGAUUCUGCCUCUGGAUAAGUCCUGGCCACGGCUGGAAACACUAUGGUUACAAUAUCAGCCCAUGAACAUCGAUGAGUUGAGAGACGUGGUCAAUAAGCAUCGUUCAACCGUUCGUGACUUCAAGUUACCAUGUCCUUGGUUUUUGCAAGGUAGCGUUCAUGAUGCAUUGAGGACUAUACGUGGUUUUGAGAGCCUGGAAAGCGUGACCAUGACGUUCCCCAAAGGGUCCAACUUUAUAGGUACUGGUACUUUGGACUUUAAAUGGCCGCAGGACGAGAUCAAGAGUUAUCUUCUCAAAGAAACUGAUGUCUUCCCACUUGAAGACGAACUCAUGUACAUUAGGUAG